AUGAACUACUUCACUGUGAUCUACGCCCUCGACCAAAAAGCAACCUCGCCGCUUCUCAGUUCUGAUGGAUCAACGCCUCUGAUGGAGAAUCUGCAGAUUUUGAAGAGCUGGGUCGAGCAUUUCAGAAGAGCCCUCAACCGUCCCUCCACAAUCUCCGACGCCGCCAUCAGUCAGCUAACUCAAGUGGAAAUAAAUGUCGACCUGGAUCUCACGCCCUCCCCCCCAGAGACCAUCCGUGCAAAUGGUUACCUCCUCGUUUCAGGAAAGCAUGAACCACCCUUAUCUGCUUAUGUCUCUGAUGAUGGAUUCGAGCAGGAAUCCGAAACGUCAGGCUAA